CGGGCGCCGCAGCAGCCAUGGCUGCAGAUGGGGCGGAUGAGCGCUCGCCUCUGCUGUCCGCCCCCCACUCGGGACACGUCACCCCCUCCGCCCCGUCACCCCCUUUCUUACCGGAAAGCAGCCCGCGAGCGGAGCUGCCCCCUCCAUAUACCGCCAUCGCCAUCCCCGACGCCGGGGGCAUCCCAGUGAUAAACUGUCGCGUGUGCCAGUCGCUGAUCAGCCUGGACGGCAAGCUCCACCAGCACGUGGUGAAGUGCACGGUCUGCAAUGAGGCGACACCAAUCAAAAAUCCCCCGGCAGGGAAGAAAUAUGUUAGAUGCCCUUGUAAUUGUCUCCUCAUUUGUAAGGACACAUCUCGGCGAAUAGGCUGCCCGAGACCCAACUGCAGGCGCAUCAUUAACCUGGGCCCGGUGAUGCUCACUUCUGAAGAGCAGCCAGCCCAGCCUGCAGGGCCAACCCAGCCGGAAGGUGCGCGGGUGGCGUGUGGGCACUGCGGGAGCGCCUUCCUGUGGAUGGAAUUGAGGUUCAACACUCUGGCGAAAUGCCCACACUGCAAAAAAAUCUCCUCAGUGGGCUGUGCUCUCCCACGAAGACGCUGCUGUGCGUACGUUGCCAUUGGGAUGAUGUGCUUCUUCAUUGGAGUUGGAUUAACUGUUGGCACCCAAGAUUUUGCAAGGCGAUUUCAUGCAACCUAUGUUUUGUGGGCAAUUGCUUAUCUCUUAGGCUCCAUCUGCCUUAUCCGAGCAUGUUACUGGGGAGCCAUAAGAGUGAGCUAUCCAGAGCACAGCUUUGCAUAAGCUUGCUUAUGAGCAAGUGAUUCAGGUGAGAGUAUCUAGCAGUUCUUGAUAAGCUGCUCUGGACAUAUUUAAAUCAUUUAUCCUCAUGGAUUCCAUUCUGGUUUAUGUAUAAAGUUUCAAGACUUUGGGAGUCUUUUAUGAACAAAUGCUCAUUGCACUACGUUAUAUGCAAAUGAUAAUUUGUUUUGCUGCUAGGUUUUCGAGCUCUGAAUAAUAAAGCCGUGUCUUCAUGUCCUUUUAUAUCUCUUAAA